AAAGAUCACUCGAAUCCCCCCCAAAUCGACCAAACCCUAAAUCCACGCGCAUUCCACACCACCCAACCAGCGAGAGAGAGAUGGCGGCGCUCCACCACCAGGCGGCGGCGGCGCCGGUGACGACGACGACGGACGGGGGCGAGCUGCGGGCGAUGGACCUGUACGAGAAGCUGGAGAAGGUCGGGGAGGGGACGUACGGGAAGGUGUACAAGGCGCGGGAGAAGGCGACGGGGCGGAUCGUGGCGCUGAAGAAGACGCGGCUGCCGGAGGACGACGAGGGCGUGCCGCCGACGGCGCUCAGGGAGGUGUCGCUGCUGCGGAUGCUGUCGCAGGACUCGCACGUGGUGCGCCUGCUGGACCUCAAGCAGGGGCAGAACAAGGAGGGCCAGACCAUCCUCUACCUCGUCUUCGAGUACAUGGACACCGACCUCAAGAAGUUCAUCCGCGCCCACCGCCAGAAUCUCCAGAAGAUCCCCGUGCCCACCGUCAAGAUCCUGAUGUACCAGCUCUGCAAGGGCGUUGCUUUCUGCCAUGGCCGCGGUGUGCUGCACCGUGACCUCAAGCCGCAUAACCUGCUCAUGGACCGCAAGACCAUGGCGCUCAAGAUCGCCGACCUCGGGCUCAGCCGCUCGUUCACUGUCCCUCUCAAGAAGUACACCCACGAGAUCCUGACGCUGUGGUACAGGGCUCCCGAGGUUCUUCUUGGCGCGGCACACUACUCCACUCCGGUUGACAUCUGGUCUGUGGGCUGCAUUUUUGCUGAGUUGGCCACUAACCAACCUCUUUUCGCUGGAGAUUCCGAGGUUCAGCAGCUUCUGCACAUUUUCAAGUUGCUGGGCACCCCAAAUGAGCAAGUUUGGCCAGGAGUGAGCAAGCUACCUAACUGGCACGAGUACCCCCAGUGGAAUCCCUCGAAAGUGUCUGAUCUUGUCCAUGGUCUCGACGCUGAUGCUCUUGAUCUUCUUGAGAAAAUGCUGCAGUACGAGCCGUCGAAGCGGAUCUCUGCGAAGAAGGCCAUGGAGCAUCCCUACUUCAACGACGUGAACAAGGAGCUCUACUGAAGGUCGAUUGAUGAUGUUCACCACCAAGGAAAAAAAAACGUUGUGCGUCUUCGUGACUAGCCUGCCCUGAAGCAUUGCUUUUGCUUCUAGGGGGAAAAGUACUGUUUGUGUCUGUUUCCUGGAUGCUGCUUAGUGUGCUUAAGAAUUCACUUGUUUGUGAUGGUAAUGAGUAAUGACUUAAGAAUUCGACAAAAUCUGUGUGUUUAUAUGUUUCAUAAGUCGAUCAGUUUUCUUGUUUGGUUU